CUCCUGGCUCUGCUCCUUCCACACCCGCAGGCCGCAGCGAUGCCGCCGCGCCGGGGCUAUAAACCCGGCCUCCGGCCGUAGCAGCCCAGCCUUCUGCUCCUACACCCCUAAUCGCAACCACAAUGGGCAACGCUGCGCUGCGUGGUCCGGCGGUGGAGGAGCGGCUGACGCAGCCGCGCCGCCUGGUCCGGCAGCUCUCCGACCUCGACCCCGACCGGCUCCGGCGGCUCAUCCGCUCCGGCGACCUCGCGCCGUGCUUCGACGCCGCCGACGAGGACGGCCGCGCCGUGGAGUGCCCCAUCUGCUUCCACUUCUACCCGAGCUUGAAUCGAUCCAAGUGCUGCGGCAAAGGGAUCUGCACAGAGUGCUUCCUGCAGCUGAUGCCGUCCAAGGCUUCCAGGGCUGUCCACUGCCCAUUCUGCAAAACCGCAGCCUACGCUGUCGAAUACCGUGGUGCUAGAACCUUGAGUGAGAAGAAACUUCAACGAGAAGAAGAACAGAGCGUUCAUGAGGGUGCAACGAGAAUACAUUCCAAGAACGCCGGUCGACAUAUCCUACUACCAUAGGAGUCGCAAGCCCGAUUUUGCCACGCUAAAAGCUCCAAAACCGAACUGUUGAUUUUUCUGACCCUUUGAGAGAGAUUUCAUUGCUGCCUUGACAGUACCUGAAAUGUUUCAGAUGUUAUUUGUCUGCAUAAUUUUUAGACAAUGGAAAGAACUGUUUUAGAUAUAUAUCUUUGCAGAACAGAGACACAGAGUAAAUGCUACUACUGCAAACUGAAACAAAAAAUAUUCUGCCAGUGAGCACUAGUAGAGUGAGGAUUUGGUGCAGAAGUGUGGAAUGAUUAUGUUGACGGCUCUGAAGACAAAGAUAAAGUGUUGAUGCCUAAAUUAUAUUUGUGGUGGCCAAGAACUCCACAUUAGCGUCCACUCAUCAUGCAACCGCAGCCUGUACUCUGUAGUUCUUCUACUUCUAUCUUUUCUACUGCUGUCGAAGUUCAGAAUGUGACAGCAUCAGCAUCAAAUGUAUUCUUCAGCUCGGUUGAAAACC